CGUCGUCGUUUGCGAGCAACGCUAUUGGAACGUGUUGUAGUUACAGAUGCUCAUGGUUUCCGAAGGUGAGAAACAGGACUUAAGUCGGCAGACAGACGCAGUACCAAGUCGUCCCAGUGACCGUUCUACUCGCCGCAGAAGAUGCAGACAUCCUUCCAUAUUUGCUUGCCUACUACCGGAGGCAGUUCCGAUCCCGCAAUAUGUCAUAGAGGCUCCAGUGAGCACCUCCCAUUACUGCCCCGCCACGUAAUUGUAACUUUGGCAUGCACGUUCAUAGAGG